CUCCAGAGCGUCUCUCAAGCUCAACUGUUCUCAGCGAACUCUUCUUAAUCUUAUUUAUGUUUCUCUUUCUUCUCGUCUCUUUCUUCCAGUUCUUUCUCUGCAGUAAUAGAGAACAAUCAAAACCCAGCUGACUUUUCUAACCGCAUUUUGUUGCGAAGAGUUUAUGAUGGCCGUUGACCUACACCAAGCAGGGGAGUUAUUGCUCUGCCCUCGCGAGUUUCAGCUCCCUCCCGAUCAAAACGACAUCGGACUCGGCGACGCUGAUCACUCUGCAGAGAAGCCAUUCGAAAACGACAACCAAAAGCUGCCUAUUUGGGAUUUCGAGGCUACCAAUUAUUAUGGGCCGAGCUCGUCGUCCGAUCACUCGUCAGAGCUCGCUUCCUCAACGACUGAAACAGAGACCGAUUGCAUUGCCGAGUUGACUCGGGAGAUGACUCGCUGUAUGAUUCGAGAUCACGAAAAACGAAGGUUUCCUAUCACUGGCCCAGAAAAAACACAGGAGACGUGGGAUUUUGGAGGUUGGCCGUACACGACACAAAUCUGGUCGCCGUUUGGGUCGAGCUAUGAAAGCACAGAAGGAUCUUCUUCUCAGGAGCCAACGCCUCCGGCGACGCCUGCGGUAGAAAAACGACACGUUUGGGACAGCAACAAUGUUGACAUCACGGCGAAUAUGGAGAAGAUGAAUGUAAAAGACGAAGGGUCUAAAUAUUUCACAUCCCAGAGCUUACCAACAAAACCCAUUUCAGCCCCAGUAGAUGCACCAACUCUUGACAACAAAAUCCGAGCAUUUCAAUUGUGUAGGAUGAAACAAGAGCAGCUUCUUAGGCAACAAAGUAUGGUUAAACAGCAACUUGAGCUGCAUGAAAAUCACCUUCAAUAUGUCAUGAAGAAAGAAAAAGCUCGUCAGCCAUGGAGUAAUUGGAUGAACCAGCAACAGGGUUCGGGUAUGCGGGCAGUUUUUCUUGGCGGGUCGGGUGCGAAAACCGGGUCCGGUGGGACUGGCGUUUUCUUGCCCUGCGUAAUUGGCGAUACAUCACAGUCACGCAAGAAAAAAGGGUCUUCACCAGUUCUUAUCCCAGCAAAGGUAAUGCAGGCUCUGAAAGUUCACUUUGAUAGAAUGGGCAACUUGUCAAGACAAAACACUACCAAUUUCCCUAUGCAACACGAUACUUACAAGGCUGAGAAGGAUGGAAUAUAUGCACAGAAGAUGCACGUGUCCCGGGCGGUGCCGGCCAUGAACCAAAACGACAUGGGUUUACCUCAAGAUUGGACGUACUGACGUCGUUUCAAGCUCUAGUCGCUUGCCUUAAUUUAUAGUGGGUGUUUUGGCAGUUUUUGGCUCUAUUAUAAUAGGAGAGGAAAAUGGGAAAAUGGGAAAAUGUGCUCCUAGUACAGAAUAAAGGGGAAAAUGGGAAUGACACUUUGUUGAUCAAAUACAGAGAAUCAA